CACUACCACUAGUUUUCCACAAAUAGUCACAAUGACAGAAACAGGUUUGCAACUCUGAACUCGGAAAAUUGUUUUUAAAAAGUAUAAAACCCCCCCCCCCCCCUAGAUGCAAAAAUGGCAUCAAGAGCUCUAUACCCCUCCUCUCUCUCACACCCAGAAACCCUAGAUGCAACAAUCGCAUCGAGAGCUCUCACCACAAUCUACUCGAAGCUCCUAAAUCGAAUGGCUGUCUGUUCCCUCCGCACCUUCGCUUCUUCCGACUCCAAUUCCGAGUCAGAUAUUCCAACUAACAAUUUGGAUUCGGACUCGCUCUCGAAACAGCUUCAUCACGCCGAGGGUACGAAAAACAGAGCAUUCAACCGAUUUCUGAAAGAAGUGCCAGCAUUCUCCAGCAAGUCCUGCAAGGUGAUGAAAGACAAGAAAUAUGCGAGGCUGGACAUGGCGGGGACCCGGAAGCGAGGGCUGAACCUGAGGGUUUCAGGCAACUCUCUGCAGGACAAGGCAGUGGAAGAGGUGGAUGAUGAUCAUCUGUCCGCGGAGGAGUACCGGAGGAGUUACUACGGUAACAUCGACCUCCCUCAGAGCCGAUACAAGAUGGGAGAGGUCGUGACGGAGCUCAAGAACAUUAUGUUCAACAUGAAACCGCAAAUGAUGAUGAGGAACACUUGCGACAGUCGGCGAUGGUUUACGAGUUGUGGUGCUGCAGUUAGUGAUGCAGCCAAUGUUGAGAGUAAUGCCUUUUCUACUAAUGCGGCUGGUUAUGCAAUCAACGGUGAGGGUCCAGAAGGAGAAUUUCCAAACAUCAACAUAUAUGCUGCGGAUCGACGUCGUUUUUUUGAACAGAAGCACAGCAUAAUGUUAGAAAAUUUUGGGUUGUUCAGAAAGGGUAACAUUGAUUGGUAUGUAGCUCAGGGUUCCAAAUUUAGAUACAUCUCCAUAGAAGACUUCAUUUGGUGGUUCGACCGGAUUCCUAAAAAGUCCGAGGAAACGAUUUAUAAUUACAUGUAUAACCAGCAAAUUUAUGUUUUGGAGAGUUGUCCGGAGCCUUUACUAAAACGCCCAGUAUUCAUGUGUUUUUGGGAGUUGCCACGCGAAGGGUGGUUCAAGUUAAACGUUUCUGGGAUUUUUAAGGAAAAACUUGGUGGGACCAAAGAAGCAUUUUGUGGAGACGUAUUGAGAGAUUGUAGUGGAAGUAUUUUUGGAAUUUUCCAUAAGCCUUUUCCUGAUGCGACAUCUAGAGAUGAAGUAUUGUUACUUGGACUGCAUCAUGGGAUAAAUGAAAUUCUCCAAAGGAGAUCGAGAGCAAAGAGAAUAAUAUUGGAGUUUGACCAUAAAGAAAUGGUCAAGGUGCUACGUCGUGGUAAGCCUUAUGCAACAGGGGAAUACAUGGAACUUUAUCACAAAAUUUUUGAUAUGUUGCUAAAAUUUGAUGAAUAUGAAAUAUCUUUUCAAUUCCCUCAAGGAAACGCGGUAGCUUAUAGAGUUGCAUAUAUAGCUUCACAUUUGACCGUGGGACAGAAUUUUCCCAAGAAUGACAGAUGUUUUGAAAAACUAGUCUGGCAAGAUCGAUGGAAUAUUCCACGAUAUGUGUUCUUCCCGAAAGAAAGAUAUGGAAUUGAAGAAUUGUCUGAUGAUGAUGAUAUAUUAUUCUUCCUCACUGUUGGGGAAGUGCCUGCCAGGUGAUAGGGUCAGAAUGGUAUUAAUCGGAUUGUGUCGCUCUUGACCAUGAUGAUCGCAAAUUGUACAAACACGUUGAAGAGUUGGAUGAUCACUUCCGAGUAUGGAAUAUUUAAAAAUGCAAGUGUUGUCUCCUCGAGGUUACUGGGUCUGGGUAUAAAAUUUGUCCAAACCUCAUUAUUUAGAAAUUAACGAUUUAGAAAUUAUUUGUUCAUCAAUAGUUUAUUAAUAUUUCCCACCAUAUUUUCACUUUUA